CCCCACUCUUCCGCCCUGUAGAGGGAGGAGCGGACAGAGCAGGCGGCCUGGGGUCCAAUGCAGAAAACCUGCAAGUCUGUCUGUCCCCAACUUGUUAGAGUCUCGGUCUCCUUGCCUGCGAGCAGGUCCUUAGGAGAAGCUGACUGAUACCUGGGUCCUGUUAAAACAUGCAUCUUAAAACAUAAUGGGUGAAGACGAACUGGCACUCGUAGAUAAGACCAUAAAUGAAUUUGGGGAUAAGUUCAGAAACAGACUCGAUGAUAAUCAUAGUCAAGUGCUGGGACUUAGAGAUGCCUUCAAGGACUCCAUUAGAGCACUUUCAGAAAAGCUGUCUUUGAAAUUAAAGGAAGAAGAAAGAAUGGUUGAGAUGAUUCAGGAAUAUAAAAAUCAGCUCUGUAAGCAGAAUAAGCUCAUUCAAGAAAAGAAAGAUAAUGUGUUAAAGAUGAUUGCUGAAGUAAAAGGCAAAGAGCAAGAGUCGGAAGUGCUGACAGCGCAGAUCCAGGAUCUUAAGGAAGAGUAUGCUAGGAAGAAGGAAACCAUUUCCACUGCUAACAAAGCUAAUGAAGAGAGAUUGAAACAGCUGCAGAAAUCAGCGGAUUUGUAUAGAGAUCGCCUUGGACUAGAAAUUAGAAAGAUUCAUGGUGAUAAGUUGCAGUUUAUAUUUACUAGUAUUGACCCUAAGAAUCCUGAGAGCCCGUAUAUGUUUUCCCUGAGCAUAAAUGAAGCUAAGGAAUAUGUAGUGUCCGACUCUUCACCUCAUCUUGAGUGCCUAGCAGAAUUUCAGGAGAAAGUCAGGAAGACCAACAAUUUUUCAGCCUUUCUUGCCAAUGUUCGGAAAGCUUUUAUAGCUAAGGUUCAUAAUUGAUAGAGGUUUGUUCUUUGUUAUUGUAUAUAUCCUAAAGAAAUUCUCAUCUCUUGCCCCUGUCAUUUUUCUCUAUUUCUGUGUGGUAUUAAAGAAACUAAAAUACAUCAUCCCAAACCAUGCCUCUUUGAUGUUACAUCUGUGAGCUGAAAACAGUUAAGUAACAGUAUAGUUAGAAAAAGAAAAACUUUGUCAUUCCCCAUGUUUGCCAUGGGACCAGCUCUAUACCCACAAAGAAAGAAGUUAGUUGCUUACCACUUCAGAGGAAUUGACAAGCCUUGCUUCAUUAAUUUAUUCCUGUAAAUAUAUUCUUCAUAAUUUCCCGUCUGUGGAAGUCAAAAGGCAAAUCUGCAAUCUAUCUUAUCAUGUUGUAAAAUCCUACUGUUCUCUGUUGAAGAUGCUGUGUAAACCUGACUGGGCCACUGUUUGGAUUUCUCUUCUGUACAGUUGGAGUUCUCCUAUACAGUGUGCUCUGCAUGUGUUAAUAAACUUGCUUGGUUUCUCCCA